CACACACACAGAGUAGCAUCUACACAAAGCAUUCGCCUCAAGUUGGCAAAAGGCAAAUCUCCCUUUCUCUCAGUAGCUAACAUGGCAGAUUCCAGGCAGCCACUUCUCUCUCCAAGAGGGAACCAAAACGAAAGUGAUGACCAACUCCUGUCACUUACCAGAUCAAUCACGAACAAUUCAUUUGCCUCCUCCUUCGUUGCAGAUGCCGAUGACAUCCAACCAAUCAAUGGUGUCCGCGAUUUUUUUAGAGAAUUCUGCAGGGAGUCCGUCAAGCUCUGGUACCUAGCCGCCCCUGCCAUCUUCACUUCCGUAUGCCAGUAUUCCCUUGGCGCUAUCACUCAAGUCUUUGCAGGCCAUGUUGGCACUCUAGAACUUGCUGCCGUCUCCAUCGAGAACUCAGUCAUCGCUGGCUUCUCCUUCGGUCUCAUGCUUGGCAUGGGAAGUGCUCUCGAAACAUUAUGUGGGCAAGCUUUCGGAGCUGGACAGCUUGAUAUGCUAGGAAUUUAUAUGCAGAGGUCAUGGCUCAUACUCAAUACCACAGCCUUAUUACUUAGUCUGGUUUACAUCUUCGCAGCAAAACUCUUAAGGCUUAUAGGCCAAACUGCAUCCAUAUCAAAAGCAGCAGGGAUUUUCUCAAUCUGGAUGAUACCACAAUUGUUCGCCUAUGCGUUCAACUUCCCAAUGGCAAAAUUCUUGCAAUCUCAGAGCAAGAUCAUGGUCAUGGCUUUGAUUUCGGUUGUGGUCUUGAUUUUGCAUACGGUUUUCAGCUGGUUGCUGAUGAUCAAGUUGAAAUGGGGUCUGGUGGGUGCAGCUGUGGUGUUGAAUGCGUCAUGGGUGAUCAUAGACAUAUCGCAGUUUGUGUAUAUUAUCAGUGGAACCUGUGGUCGAGCGUGGAAUGGUUUCUCGUGGAAGGCCUUUCAAAGUCUCUGGAGUUUUGUCAGGUUAUCUCUUGCGUCCGCGGUGAUGCUUUGCUUAGAGGUCUGGUAUUUUAUGGCAUUGAUACUCUUUGCUGGAUAUCUAAAGAACGCAGAAGUUGCGGUGGAUGCCUUGUCGAUAUGCAUGAACAUACUGGGAUGGACGGUCAUGGUAGCUUUGGGAAUGAAUGCAGCCAUAAGUGUAAGAGUGUCGAAUGAACUGGGUGCUGCUCAUCCGAGAACUGCAAAAUUUGCACUGGUGGUUGCUGUUAUAUCAUCCUUCAUCAUUGGUCUCAUUCUUGCAGCCAUUCUUCUUAUUUUCCGAAAGACUUACCCAUCUUUAUUCUCAAGUGAUCUGUCUGUGCAAGAACUUGUUCAAGACUUGACACCAUUGUUGGCCCUUUGCAUUGUUAUUGACAACGUUCAGCCAGUUCUCUCUGGUGUGGCUAUUGGAGCUGGAUGGCAGGCUGUUGUGGCCUAUGUAAACAUUGCGUGUUACUAUAUAUUUGGGAUCCCUUUGGGUCUCAUAUUGGGUUUCAAAGUCGAUCUAGGAGUUAGGGGGAUUUGGUAUGGAAUGCUAUCAGGGACUGUCCUCCAGACUUUGAUCCUCUUCUUGAUAAUUUAUAAAACAAAUUGGAACAAAGAGGCUUCUAUUGCUGAAGACAGAAUAAGAAAAUGGGGAGGGGACACAGAUAUCAAAGAAAACAACGUGAAAAGACUUACAGAGACUUGAAGUAACAGAAAUAUAUUUUCAGAUUUUGGCCAAGUUCAAGGUGAAGAGGGACUCAAUAAAUUAUUAGGCAAAUCUUCUUUUCUUAGUGUUAUGUUUUCAUACAACGACAAUGGUUGUAUAUGGUCACUCUUUUAGCUUUUCCUUUCUUUUCAAUUAAGUUCACCUUUUGUUCUCAACUCUUUAAGACUAUGAAUAAAAUCUUAGUUGUUGAAAAAAGGA